GCCGCUUGCUCGUCUGUCCUCAGUCCCUCCCGGUCGCUCAGCUGUGCGUCACAUGUCGGGUAUCGCGAGUCCUACUCUUGCCCGUAUACAAUCGAAUCGUGUACCGCUUGUUCGUUCAGGCCACCGUAAGACGCCGGAUUUCUCUUCACCGGCAAGCGUAAUCACUUAUAUAUUAUGGUAUCUACCGCUUGCAUACCAACGCAUUAUCACAGAUCAAUCACGAAGUGCCUCGAACAUGCGGACGGCGUGACGAACGCAGGCAACGGUGCACGCCGUUUUGUUGAUACAUUGAGUUCUGUGUUCAGGCCGCGAAGGCCACCGCGUCCUUUUUCAUUUUAGAAUCAACUGCGCGAUUGAUAAUUUCAUAGAAAACUACCGAGUAUUCGGCCGUACACGCGAGUUAUCGUGGAACGAUGACCUAAACCGACAUUGUUGCAAAACGGUGUUCGUUAAAGUAAUAAAAAAAUACGAGCGACGUCAAGAAAAUCAGUGCGCUCAGUUUCCGGGAGUGUUUACCGAAUAUUCAGCUGAUUCAUAGAUACAAUAUCGAUCCGCGUCAUUUGUAGCAUUGUCUCCUCACAAGUUUUGAACUGUUCAGCCGCGCGUACGUUGUUCCUCACAGUGUAAUCUUACUUCGCCGGCUUACGGUCACGAUUCCACGCGCAUAUUUUGAUUAGAGAAAAAGAAAACAAGUUGCAAGACAGAAAGCAAAACGUGACAGUGCAAAUGAGUUUCACGAGAGACCUAUCGACCCCAGAUACAUUCGAGAAGAGAACAAAAAGUGCUCUGUGAAAAUUCAAGUGCAUCCUCGUCGAACGUUUGUCGACUCGCGAGGUGAUCAACGAGAAGUCGUUUAUUCAUAGAUACCACAAAUAAUGUCGACGGGCAAGAGGCUGGCAAAACGCAGCAUAAUCGGCACCAGAGUGUGUGCUCCCGGCGAGGACGGGAAGUAUUAUAGUGGCGUCAUUCACGCCGUAAAAACGCCGGCGUCAGCCGCCUCCGAGUCAGGCCUCAGUAUUACACCGAAGACUCGGUACUCUGUGCGCUUCGAUUCCGUGCCCGGUGGACGUCCUCCGAGUCCCAGCACCGAGUACUCCGAUCGCGAUCUCAUCGGACCUGGUUUCGGAUCCGUUACCAGCGCGCGACUCGUGCCAGGCCAGAAAGUUUAUCUGACGUAUAACGGACGGGAAAUUCACGCGGAGGUCACGCAACAUCGUGAGCAUCUUGACGAGGUGGAAGUAAUAAUCGCACCGAAUAAUCAAGAGACGAUGAGGCUGACCAAACGUAUAGACGAGGUCAGGUUGCUCGAGUCACGUAAGAGUGCUCGACUGGCCGAUCAAGAUACAGAUUUCGCUAGGCUUGCCGAUAUGGCCGGAGAUCGGAAACGGGCUUCUUCUCACUCCAUCGACGUGCCACACGUGAUUGGGUCCAGGAAACGACGACCUAGCUCGAGCAACGACUCCGAACGGUCGUACAGCGGUUGGAGCGAUAGGAUACCCCAUGGGUGCGGUCGCGAGGGUUGCCGUACCAACGAGCGGGGCGACUGCAUGGACGAAUGCACCGCUGCACUGGUGCUUAUGUCGCUUUCCUGCUCGCCACACAGUCCUCAUAAUCCCCUGCCACUUCACUGCCAGCACAAUUACGGUUCCUGGGGAGGGCGAGGAGGAGGGGGUGGCGGCGUGGUGGUCGGCUCACCGGGUGUUGGUGGCACGUCGAACAGCAGCAGCAGCAGCAGCAGCGGGGCUUCAUGGCGGAGUGGCACCCCUAGUCCACCCCUGAGCGACGAAGGAGCACCGACAACAGGGUCUUUAUGGCCGACUUCGGCUCAUCCUUCGCACAAUCAGCAGCACUACCCUUACAACGCGUCUGGCUCGUCGUCGAGUAGUACCCCCGGCUCGACUACCACCCUGGACGAGGGUAUAGUGCCCGAUUACCUCGAGGAACAACACCCGCGCAAAAAGAAGAUCCGAGCGAAAGUGAACCACGACCCGAUCGAAAAUGAAGUGGCAAACAGCGCGAUCUACGAAAGCGAACAGGCGAACGCAGCAGUGGUGUUCAAAUGCACUUGGAAGGGGUGCCUGGAGAUCAAAGCGACCGUGGCGCUUAUCGAGGAACACGUGCGCCAAUCGCACUUGGGGCCGAAAAAGUCGAACGGCUACGAUAACGAAGAUGACGACGACAUCUCGGACCACGAGGAGGAAUUUUACUACCAAGAGGUGGCGGUGGAUCACAUGAGUUCACCGCCGACGAUGUCGCACCGGGACAUGGCCAGGCCACCACACGAAGAUCCCGAGUAUCAGAAACAACUUCGCCUUGAGGCAACCUCCACCAAUAAUAAUAAUAACAACAACAAUAACAACAACAGCCUCGAGAGUAUGAUGGUCGGGAUCAGAGAACGUAAUACGGCGUUCGCCAUUUCGCAAUCACCGUCGGAUCUGCUAGCGGUCCGUUGCAUGGGACUGAUGGACCGCAAAAGGUUAUGGCGGUACUGCCCAUACUCGCCACCAGAGGGAUCGUCCGAAAACUCUAGCUUUCCUGGUACGCCAAUCAAGCACAUAAAGCUAUCACCACGACCGAUCCAGGCGUACCAGCAGAAUACAUUGUUGCCGGUGUCGACGGGCAAGGUGCCAUCAUCGCCACGACGGAUCCGCGGGGAGACGAAGAAAUGUCGCAAGGUCUAUGGUAUGGAGCACCGUGACCUUUGGUGCACACAGUGCAAGUGGAAGAAAGCCUGUAGCCGUUUCGGCGACUAGGCCAAGCGACCGCCCCGUUCGUACGUCCGCGGACGGAGAUUGUCGCCGAGCCGACCCCAGAGUUUGCCAAUGCUACGUUAAACUUCUCUCGCCAACUGCCAGCAAAAUUGCCAAUUCCCAUCGUCGUCGUCGGACACUCGACUAGCGCGAACAAAAGUGUGAGGUGGUGCGAUCCGUAGCGUUGACUGGUGUCACCACAGCGAAGAGGUACCCCAUAUAUCGUCCACCAUCUUUUCUAGAACCGUUCGAUCCGGCAGGUUUUCAUAUUCCCGCUAUCAGGGAUGUCAUAAAAUGCCAAUGAUCGAAAGAGAUCACUGGGUCAGGCGGUGUUGCGAACGCCAGCAAUACCUCUUCCUGUAUUUCUUGUUUCCCGUAGUCGUAUCUCUUGGCUUUUUCCUGCCUUGCGAGUAUAGGUAAACGAGACGCCAUGAGUCUCGCAGAAAAACGUCAAUCCCAUGACGGAUGGCGGACGGUUAGAAGGGCCGAUCACACAUUGCGUGCGAAGCAGAGAAGAUCGUCGACACUUGUUGUCAGUAAUCAAAUAGAGAGAAGAAUCGAACAUUGAAGAUGAAAAGAAGAUCGUUGACCGAUCGUCUGGCAUUUGGCAAACUCCGUUAGGGUCUUUUUUAGCCGUAAUAAGGGAUUUUGAUUAGUAGGUAACGAAUAACUGGGACGAGGUAUCCUUAGACUGUCGUGCUCUCUUUCUUUAUUUCUCUCUCCCUUUCUAUUCCUUUUUUCUUCCUAUCUAUACGUACAUGGAGAGCACGGAACAAGGUCUCGUUUCGGGUUUGCCGGAGCAAAAAUCCUUUUUUUUGCUUUUUUUUUUUUUGGUUCGGUACAUAAAGAAAAGAGAUACACGCUCGCUCGAAGUCGCAGCGUGUACGCGCGUGUUCCAAUGAACACGUGAUGGUUCUCGAACCGACUCUUAGGUCAUUGCAAUGGGUCUUCCUUCUUCCGACGAGGGCGACGAAGCUCGAUUUCGUUGGGGUUGUCGUCGUUUCUUGAAAACACGUCGAUCGUCCACGCGAUCCACGAUCAGACACAAAGAGAGAGAGAAAGAGAGAAAUGGAGUCGCGUGCGACCCACGUAUCGGACGAAUGGAAGACCGCAAAACAAAUCGAUAUACAUAUUUGGUCUGACCGAUUGUUCUUCCUGGAAGGACGCAGACGGGCAAGUUGAAUGGAAUCGCGUCGAAGCGCUAGGGCCAAUUGUGAUAUUUUCUCUAAAUUUUAUCGGAUAAUUAGACGGGUAUGGGCCGACAUAUAAACGUAUACAUAUGUACAGAAGGAACGGUAACGAUGACGAGGUGAAGAAUACGAUGAACAGACAAUGCGUGUCGCAGAGGGGAAACAAAAUUUUAUACACCAAUUAUAUAUUAUACUGCCAGAUUAAAUUAAUUCAAUCGAAGCGAAACGACAAACGAACAAAAGAAAAAACAUAAAAAAAAGAAGGGAGUAAGGAUAACGACCAUACUGUUGGAGCUUCGUACGCGAAAAAUAGGGAACGAUGCAGCGGGUGUGCAUGUGUACUAUGUGCGUAUGCGUGGAUGAAUGUAUGCGUGUGUCGAGCUGAGGUUUGCUAGCCUCAUCUCGACGACCUAAGAUCGUGUUCGCCGACAAAGGAAAAAAAAAAGCAAAGAGGAGCUGCGUGCACGAAAUAGAGAUAAAGGCUUCGCAGUUGAAUCGAUCGAUCGAUGUAAGUACAUACAAUACCGAGGAUGAAAAUCAUCCUUUAGCCAGGAGAUCUCGUUCUAUGGCUGACAAGUAUGUACGUAAAAAAGGACGAAAAUUCGAAGUAGCGAUUUCCAACACGCGUAAACUCGUAUUCGCGACGAGGAGAGAAGCUUCUAUUUUCAUCUACGUAUUUUAAACGUGCUCCUUUCUCGCCUUCGAUCGUCCGCACGACAUGCAAACAAAACUUACACGUUCGUUUUGGUCACGAAUCGUUCGUAGGGAAGGUAAACCAAAACGCGAGGGACAAAGAAAUCGUUUGAUCUCGAUGACUUUUGCGACGGUGGCGGUGCAGUUUAAUCCUUUAACGAGAAAAAUAUUUUGUUUUUCGUUUUGAGACGCGCGACACGAAGGAUCCCGCCUGCUAUCACCGUCGUCAAAUUUAAAUGAUUCUUUAUUACCGUUAUUAUUAAUGUAAUUACUGUUAUUAUUAAUUAUUCGUUUGUUUUAACGAUAAGUCUUGGGUGUCUCGUUGUUAUCAGCGGACGCGAACGUAAGAAUUUGAAUAGUGUUUCAAUGGUAUAUCUUAUGUUUCGUAUCCGUUGAAAGGACGAGACUGCUUCCAUCGUGUUGAUCAAUGCUCAUCUUUCUAGUACAAUUUCAUGCGAUUUUUAACGACGCGUUCUUCGUUUUGCUUGCAUAAUUUUACGGUUAAUCUCAACAGUGUACUGAUUUAUUUAAUAUAUACGUACGUACUAUAUAUAUAUACACACAUAUUAACAUUGCGUUACGCGAGAUUAAGUGGUUCGCCGAGAAAAUAUCAAAAACACCGAAGGAGUAUCAGAAUUACAGACACGUGCAACGACCGCGUAAGAUUCGAAUGAAAAAUCAGGAUACACACACACGAUCACCGUGACGGUAUUACGUUUGGUUUUUUUAUUUUUUCGCGACACACAAUUUCGUAUUUCCGAACCAAAGACAUCGUAUCUCCAAUCGUGUUCCACCGUAUUUCUCUUUUAUCGAUUGUCGUCAUCUAUACAAAGUGUUUUCGUUUUCUUAAUCGUUUUGUCUACGUACUUAGAUUCUUGUUAGCUGAGUUAGCCGAAAAAAAAAAGAGUUUCGUGGACGCAAUGUAUGCAAGUAUAUUAACAGUUUGAGUGCCAUUCAUCCGUUUCGUGUUAAAGAGACGAUUCGAGAUUCUAUAACAAUAACAGUAAACUAAGUUAGGGCCAAUGCGAUGGCACUUAUCAAUUUUCAAUAUGGCACUCAAACGGUUAACACCUAUGUCACUGUGCUCGAUCGAACGCAAGAAGUAGCAAGGAAUACAUCGUAGAUCAAGGACCAGGAUGUAGGAAAUUAAAUGAAAAACGAAAUGGAAAAAUAAUGAGAAGAAGGAAAGCAAAGUCGUGAGACUACGUUGAUAGAAUAGAAAGUAAUUGCCGUCCAAAUAGGUUCCUUCAUUAGGUCAAAAUUCGAAUCCUAAUCGUGGCUUCUUGGAUGUACUAUUGAAAUCGGAUUUUCCAAAUAAUCCUGAUCGAACGCCGAAUAAUGCUACGAAAAGAAUAUAGCGAUGACGCUGCAUAUCGUUAUUGUUAUACGUUUUUAUAGCGCAUCGUGGUCCAACAAGAAACAGGACACUUGAUUAUCUUCUUUGUUAGCAAAGAUAUGCUCGUGGCAAAAAUCAUUUUUGUCAAUGUAAUUUGAAAAAGUUUGCAUUCUUAUUCGUAAAAUUAGAAGGAUGAGCAUUUAUUCAAGUGAUUAAUUACGUCAUUAUGUACGAUGAUAAUUCUUUAGUAUAAAUUAUUAUCCUUUUUGGAUAAAAAAGAAUUGUAGAUUUAAAUGUUGAUUCUGACAACAUGUAAUCGUUUAAUGAUAAUCAUGUUUAAACGUUAGAUUCCAAAAUGAAUCACGAUAGUAUCGUUAACUGAAAAUGGAUAAUAGGUGUUUCAUUUUUGGUGGACCACCGUAUAUGUAUAUUGUAACAAUUUUUUAACGUCGAAAUUUCUAUUGAAAUUAAACAUUUUACUGACGGUUUUUAGCGUGUCGCAGGGAUAGAUACUAUCCUUUCAUUUAUUGUAGCCGUUCUUUUUUAAUAAUCACAAUAAUCGUAUCCAAGAUACGAACAAUUUUUCGAUACUUUUAAGAGAAUUUUUUGACGAUGACCAUUUGGUACUAUCGAGCAAAAAAAAAGUAGUAUUAUUCGGCACGCGUAAGACGAGAAUCUUUAUUUUCCUCGGACUCUUCAACGGAAAAAGAAAAAAAAACAAAGGGAAUAACCCGACGUUGCAUCCUUAACUUCUUUGUUUCGGGGAGUGUUGAAAAACGAAAGAGAAUUUUGGCGGGAAUUCACACGUCAGGCACACCACAUGGAAAAGUCGCGAUAGAAGAAUUAACGAUCGUGCCAUUCGAAAUGCCAAAUAUUCUCCGCUACUACAUUUUUCUAAUCAUCAAAAUGAAAUUCCAAACAGCGUAAGAAACGCAGCAGAAAGAAACAGACAUCUAACGCGGAACGCUUUAAAUUGCUGGAGAACGGGAAAAACAGAUUCGUAACGGAAGCUUUACAGACUUAAAGAUACCUCAGGUUUAUUUCAUAACAGAAACAAACACAAAACGGCCAUUUUGAUCGAAGCAAAAAAUCAGAGAAGUAACAUCGAAUUCACGUCAUCGUCGUCGUUGUCACCGGCUUCGAUCAAGAUGGCUCGAAACAGUUAGGCACUGAAACUAUAUUUCAUAUGUAUCUUGUCGCGAUAUAAACGUCAAUAUUACUUAGUCGAAUUCGUUGCAGUCGAGUUCACGGACUCGCAUUAUAUUAUUGUAUAAAUAUUGUAUCGCAUUUAAAAAUAGGUCGCUUGAAAACGUUCAAAAGUCCGGGGCGGGGGCAAAUGUUGUAUCGGGCCCCGGACAUUUUGUGUGCCGACUAUCCUCAAACCACGAAUAGAUAAUUAAGUCGUUCUCGCGUGUCCAGUGUUGCCGGGUACGUGUACGUUUCGUUCGAUCAAUCCGAUCGUUCGUCGAAACUCGUUGGAUUUCUUUCAUAGUCUUUCUGCAUCUUGCUCCUUCUUGCAAUAUUAUAUUAAUCAUUAUCGUUGUCAAUCUCGAAAGAGCUACCCUAAAAUCAGACGUGCCAAAGAAUCCGUUUUCCGUUGGCAACACUGUACGGUCGCGAUACGACCGAGCAUAGUCCGCACGCACUAACCGAACGGAACAUAUUCGAUCGAUUCGACCAGCGAGCCAAUUAGGGCCGAUCAAAAACGAAGAAAUAAAUAAAAAAAAAAAAAAAAAAAAAAACGGAAAGAUCCUGCUAUUGUACGUCGAACGACACACGUUAUGUACAACGAUCGCCCGGGGGAUAUAUAUCGAUCCAGGGCUCGGUCCAGCACGAUCGUCGAGAUUUGAAAAGGGGCAAACAUAGAAAAAAGAUUUAAAAAGAUGAAAAAACGAUACAAACGUCGCGUCGCGGAAAUGGCCGGGAUUAAUUCAUACCAAAACGAUCUCAUAUCGAUUUAAUGAAAUGCAAUUUUUGAUCGUGCGGUCGACCGGGGGGUGUGUGUUUUGAUGCCCUAUGUUGUUUAAAGGGCAUCCUGGAAGCGACGAAAUUUUUUUCAUUGCAUGUACCUGUUUCAAUACGCGUCGCGAACGAUGAACCGACGCGGGAGGAGAAGGCAAGUAGACGGUUGUUCGUGGAAUCGAUGUUCGAAUCGAUUAACCCUGUAAUGGUAGCGUGGAUGACAAGGGUUACCCGUUAUAAAAUUGUAAAAAAAUCAGACGUCUGUUCUCAGCAACAAAUUAUAAUUAGAAAUAAUGUUAGAAUUUAGCAACCCUACACAGUGGACAUCUUUAGGAAAGAUGAAGGACCUAGCCUUUCCCACACAAACAUCCUUGCUAUGUGAAAUAUCAUACAAGCGAUUUUCCAUAUAAAAGAUAAACAAGUUUAGUUAAUUAAAAUUAUUCAUACGACCAUUUUAGGGCUGAAGAACCAUUGGUCUCUUGCCUGAUCGUCUUGGACCGCGUUGCACUUGGUCGAUCGCGCAAAGCAAAGACAUAUUAUUAAAAUAGUAUAUUAUAUUAUAUAUUAUAUUAUUAUUAUUAUAUUAUUACCAUUAUUAAUGAUUAAUUUUUAUUGAUUAUUAUUAUUAUUACCAUCGUCAUCGUCAUUAUCAUCAUUUUUUAAAAAUGAAGCUAUUUACUAGCGUCACUAACGAUACGGUGAAGUGAUUUGUUAAAAGGAAAUAAAAAAUACGCGAAAUCUUUAUUAUCAAUGCGUUAGUGGGACUUGUUAGUAUUAACGCAAUACUCGAUCUGCCGAACACUUAUCGAGCUGACCAUGUUUAAGAUCCGAAAGAUAGCUGGCACGUCGUGCAACCAGCGACUCUUUUUUUUUAUUAAACGUAUGCGAAAUUCUUUAUAUCCGUAUAUCGCUGCAGACGCUUCUAUUUAUCGAGAGUAAAAACAAAAAGGAAUCGUAGAUUAUAAAAUGCUGUGGUUAUGUCACAUUACACGACACUCGAAUUUAUUCUAACGUAUUUCGACUGAGCAAAGAAUUAUACGAUGAACGUUGAAUCAUAUUUGAGUGUAAAAUUUCAUCGUCGAGACUAUUCUCCUUGUGGUAAUAAACCUCUCUAAGAAAAUCGUAUCAACUUAUUGAUUUAUUUUAUCUAAAUCAACCCAUUAAGGACCAAUAAAAGUAAAAAAAAAAAAACAUCCACAAAAUUUAAUAAUGUACAUUAAUUAAAAAAAAAAAAAAA